AUGAAACGGUUAACUGGAAUGGAGAGACGUUUCCAGUCAAACCCUGGAUUGCAAUCCGCGUACCGAGAAUUUAUGAGUGACUAUGAAAGGCGCGGACAUAUGCGACAAGUUAACGAACCCAACGAUGAAGCUCCUGUCUACUACCUCCCUCACCACGCGGUUCUGAAACCCGAUAGCACAACGACCAAGCUUCGUGUUGUGUUUGACGCUUCAUGCAAAACGACAACUGGGGUUUCAUUGAACGACGCACUGAUGGUUGGACCGGUCGUACAAGACGAUCUAUUGUCUAUUGUAAUUCGUUUCCGUUUCCAUAAAAUAGCAAUAGUUGCGGACAUAGAAAAAAUGUAUCGUAUGAUACAGAUGCAAUGCACUGAUCAACGUCUGCAACGCAUACUUUGGAGAGAUUCCUCCGACGCACCUAUUCUUACAUAUGAAUUAUCCACCGUCACGUAUGGCACUGCGGCAGCUCCCUAUUUAGCCACCAAGUGUCUGAAACGAUUAGCACAAACCGGAAGAUCUACAUAUCCCCAUGCAGCGGAAGUUUUAGAGAAACAUUUUUACAUGGAUGAUCAGUUGACAGGAACCGAAAACCUUGAAGAAGGAAAACAGUUGAUUCGCGAAAUGCAAGAGCUGAUGGCGUCUGGUGGAUUCAUUCUACGAAAGUGGAACUCGAAUUGUCGAACGUUACUUGAGGAUCUACCCGCAGACUUGGUAGAUGACCGUGCCACGUUUGAGCUGGAUUCUUCCAACUCUCCCGUUAAAACCUUAGGUCUAUUAUGGGAACCUAGGUCAGAUAAAUUCCUGUUCACAUCUCCCAAAUGGAACAGCGAAACCGUCUUUACCAAACGUAUAGUUCUCGCUGACGCUGCGCGCCUGUUUGACCCGUUAGGACUAGUGGGUCCUGUGGUAGUCUUAGCGAAAAUAUUUCUACAAGAGAUCUGGAAACGGAAAUGUGAUUGGGAUGAUCCGCUUCCAGACGAUAUGCAAUCGUUCUGGAUGGAUUAUCGACGAAACCUGCGAGCACUCUCAUCAUUAUCAGUACCCCGAUGGGUGCAAUUUUCGAAAAACUUGGAGUUCGUCGAGAUACACGGAUUCUGCGAUGCAUCCGAUAAGGCUUAUGGAGCCUGUAUUUACCUUCGUUGCACGUCUAGUGAUGGUUCCGUGGAAGUAAAUCUUAUUACCGCAAAGUCCAAGGUCGCUCCCUUGGAAGACCUCAAACGAAAGAAAAGGAAGCAGACCAUUCCCCGUUUAGAGUUAUCCUCAGCACUUCUCCUGAGUCACCUAUACGAAAAAGUCAUCUCCAGCACAAACCUACAGCAAACCGCAACGUUUUGGACAGAUUCAACCAUCGUAUUAUGUUGGUUGUCUUCUUUACCAUCACAAUGGCAAAUGUUCAUAGCAAAUCGUGUGUCCGAGAUCCAGCACAUCACGAAAGGUAGUCACUGGAAACACAUUGCAGGUGUAGAGAACCCAGCAGACAUAAUUUCCCGAGGAAUGUCUCCCAUCCAACUUCAGUAUCAGCGUUUGUGGUUCAAGGGGGCCUCUCUGGCUGUGCCAGGAGAAGAGUUUAUGGCCAUCCAACAAACCAAGAGAAACAAUUGA